AUGGGGGUCUGUGGGUACCUGUUCCUGCCCUGGAAGUGCCUCGUGGUCGUGUCUCUCAGGCUGCUGUUCCUUGUACCCACAGGAGUGCCCGUGCGCAGCGGAGAUGCCACCUUCCCCAAAGCCAUGGACAACGUGACGGUCCGGCAGGGGGAGAGCGCCACCCUCAGGUGCACGAUUGACAACCGGGUCACCCGGGUGGCUUGGCUAAACCGCAGCACCAUCCUCUAUGCUGGGAAUGACAAGUGGUGCCUGGAUCCUCGUGUGGUCCUCCUGAGCAACACCCAGACCCAGUACAGCAUCGAGAUCCAGAACGUGGAUGUGUAUGACGAGGGCCCGUACACGUGCUCUGUGCAGACAGACAACCAUCCAAAGACUUCGCGGGUCCACCUCAUUGUACAAGUAUCUCCCAAAAUUGUAGAGAUUUCUUCAGAUAUCUCCAUUAAUGAAGGGAACAACGUCAGCCUCACCUGCAUAGCAACAGGUAGACCAGAGCCUACGGUUACCUGGAGACACAUCUCCCCCAAAGCGGUUGGCUUUGUGAGUGAAGACGAAUACUUGGAAAUCCAAGGCAUCACCCGGGAGCAGUCAGGGGACUACGAGUGCAGCGCCUCCAAUGAUGUGGCCGCGCCAGUGGUACGAAGAGUGAAGGUCACCGUGAACUAUCCACCGUACAUUUCAGAAGCUAAGGGUACAGGUGUCCCCGUGGGACAAAAGGGGACACUGCAGUGUGAAGCCUCAGCAGUUCCCUCGGCAGAAUUCCAGUGGUACAAGGAUGACAGAAGACUGAUUGAAGGAAAGAAGGGGGUCAAAGUGGAAAAUAGACCUUUCCUCUCGAAACUUAUCUUCUUCAAUGUCUCUGAACACGACUAUGGGAACUACACUUGUGUGGCCUCCAACAAGUUGGGCCACACCAAUGCCAGCAUCACACUAUUUGAACUAAAUGAGCCCACAAGCUCAGCUUUGUUGCAAGAAGUGAAAACUACAGCCCUGACCCCUUGGAAAGGCCCCGGCGUGGUCAGCGAGGUGAGCAACGGCACGUUGAGGAGGGCGGGCUGCAUCUGGCUGCUCCCUCUUCUGGUCUUGCACCUGCUCCUCAAAUUUUGA